CCAGCACAGGGAAUAGCAGUGCUUGCCCCUUGGCAGCAGGGCCGGGACUAAUCUGGUGUUUCUUCCUCCCAUGCAGGACAUGCCUGGUUGCUGAGCAGAACCGAGGAGCAGGGUCCUGAGGAAGGGCCUGGAAAGCUGGAGCCACCAUGGGCUUCCCUGGGGAGUAUGGGUGAGGUGGAUUCCCUGAGCCCAGCGAAGGACCAGUGGCACAAGGGUCAGGGGAUGCCCCAAAAGCAGGAGAAUGUAGCAGUGAACGAGGUCCCAUCUCUAGUUGGGCGUUGGAGUGAAGAAGGGGAACAAGCCCGAAACAGCCCAAGGUGCAGGGAUGAAUAUGUCAUGCUGAGACACCAGAAGAGAACGAAAGGAAAGGCGCACUGGAGAGAGACACUGCAUGCAAACCAGGGCAGUGUGGAGGAGCUGGUAGUGAGGCAGGAGCUCGCUACCGAGCCCAGGGGGAGAGGCCACUCCUGCCCUCAGUGCAGGAAAAGCUUUAGUUGCCCCUCGCGCCUGGCUCUGCACAAGAUAAGACGUGCUAGGAAGAAGCCCCAUGUAUGUGCCACGUGUGGGAAGCGCUUUACGUGCCUCUCGACCCUGGCUGCUCACCACCAGGUCCAUUCUGGACAGCUCCCCCACCGCUUCACCAAAAGGGGGAAGAGCUUUGUGCGCAGCUUGGAGCUGCUCAAAAAACAACAUGUGCACAGGAAGAAGCGUCAGUACUGCUGUGUCACAUGUGGUAAGACCUUCACCCAUUUCUUCUCCCUGGUUCAGCACCGUCGGAUGCACUUGGGGAGGAAGACGCACCGCUGCAACAAGUGCAGGAAGAACUUCAUCAGCUGGCAAAAGUUGUCCCAGCACCGGUGUGUGCAGAAGAGGCAGCAACCACACUGCUGCACAAAGUGUGGGAUGAGCUUCAGGCAGCCCUGCAGCCUGGCCAGGCACAGGUGCAUGCACACACAGGAGAAGCCACAUCGUUGUUCUGUGUGUGGGAAGAGUUUUGCUCAGUCCUCCACCCUUACCCUGCACCAGGCCCUCCACACAGGGGAGAAGCCACAUCGCUGUUCUGAGUGUGGCAAGAGUUUCACCCAAUCCUCCCACCUGACCCGACACCAGCUCAUCCACACAGGGGAGAAGCCACAUCAGUGCUCUGAGUAUUGGAAAAACUUCCCCCAUCUCUCCCACCUGUCCCAGUAUCAGCACAUCCACACCCAGAAGCAUCUCUAUUUCUGCCAGCCGUGCAGGAAGCCCUGGGAGUUGUCUGCCUGCUCAGCACCCACCAGUGCUGCAUUCGGACAAGCACCCCCCGGCUGCUGGCCCAGCGCGGAGCUCCGGACCACGGGGUGUGUUUCGUGCCAGGCUCCCCCGGCCGCGCAGCCCUGUGAGAAACGCGCGGCGCCCCGCCCCGUUCCCACGUUACCCGCCCUUCUCUGGUGGCUGCGAGGCGCAGGGGUCGGGGCACCGCGCCGCGACUAAUCAAUGGUAUUAGUCUCUUAUUGAGCAAGGCAUCGCACACCUGCGUUUGCCAUCUUCUCCACUUCUCUUUUUGGCAGCAAGCAAAGGGGGUUGACCCCCAAAGGCGACCUGUUUCAUGUGAUUUGCAGAUAAAGCCUCAGGUGGCCGCUUCAACCAGACAGCAAAGACAAGCGACAUCUCCCAUUAAUCCCUUUUCAGCAAGGGAGUCAGCAUCCUGGGUGACCAGCUCGGAGGCACUCAACACGCGGCGGGCACAAGAGAACCACUGCAGAAAUGAACGGGGGCAGCAGCAGAUGUGGGGAACCUGGAUAUGAAAUGACGGGAGAGAGAGGAGAAACAGCGCAGUAGGGAGAGCUGGGCAGUGCCACACCGUAGCUCAGGCUUCAGAGUGUGAAAGGCUGUCAGUGCUCGACCCUUUUGCGAGCAGGGCAGCACCACACCGCAGCUCGGCAAGAUGAGCCUGAGAGCAGACAGCGGAGACCUCCCGGCCCUUGCCCGCUACAGGCCCAGAUGGUGCGUAAGGGAGAGCUGCGGAUGGAGGCCCGUGGACCUUGCCCACAGACAACCCAAAUGGCACCUUAAGGGAGGACUGCAGAUGGAUGCCCAUGGACCUCACCCGCUGCUGACCCAAAUGGCACCAUAAGGGAAAGGAGCAGAGACUUCCAGGCCUGACUGCUGCCGACCCCCUGGAUCACCGGCAGAGCAAUCACAGGCAUUGGGCCACCAGAUGAAGCCAUGACAGACUGGGGCAAGGAUCCUACAUCUAGUGUUGGAAUUUAGAUUAAAAGAGGAAACCACAUUUGGGAUUUCUGCGAUUAAGCCCCACUUCCACGGAAGGACAUAGCCAAUUCGUACAACGUGCGACUCAUUUUAUGUGAAAAAAGUGACAAUGUUAAUGAAAUGAAAGAAAAAAUCAGAAAAAAAAAAUUGCAAGAUUGCCGACCUCCAAGUGCUUGCCAUUGUUAACUAGGGGAGUCUUCUCUAGAGAAAGUUACAAUUUCAUUUUAAAUAAUCACACACU